GGUUGAAGGGUAGAGCUUCAAUCCUCCAUUUUCGACCUUCAAAGGAACGAGAAAGACGGAUCGGUAAUGGCCAUGGAGAAGGGGGAAAGAACCCUGACCAACCAAAUUCCGCUCAUACGAUCUUCAUCAUUCCAACGCGAUUAUAACAGCAUCAAUCAACAACAACGAAAAACUGACCUCUCCGCUUUGAUUUGCUUUCUUCUUUGCUCUCGAUCUCUCCCUCUUCAUUGUUAAAGCGGGAGAGAUCCAAUUUCUCCUUCCUGUUCUCCGCUGCCUGUUCUUCUCCAUUUUGUCUCCAAUCGCCGACGUUCAUCGCCUCAACCAUGGGCUGCGGAGAGUCGAAACUUGCUGUGGCCACCGCCGAUGGUAGCCUCCCCCGCAAGAAAUCUAGUGCCAGCCGAACCAAGAGCAGCCGCAAAGCCGUCGAUGGAUCGAAAAGUGGCGCCGAUUUACCUGUGGCUGAUUUGAAGGUCGGUGAGGAGAAAAUCGACGGCGAUGUGAAGGUUAAAUCGGAUAACAAAAUGGAGCAGCGAGUAGAGGAGAAGAGCGAUGUGCAGAAAAUCGACGGCUCUGUGAAGAUUGAAACGAAGAACAAGACUGAGCAGCAAGAAGAGAAGAAGAGCGAUGAGGAGAAAAUCAAUAGCACUGUGAAGAUUGACACGGAGAACAAGACUGAGCAGCAAGAAGCGAAAAAGAGCGUUGAGGAGAAAAUCAAUAGCACUGUGAAGAUUGACACGGAGAACAAGACUGAGCAGCAAGAAGCGAAAAAGAGCGUUGAGGAGAAAAUCAGUAGCGCUGUGAAGAUUGAACCGGAGAACAAGACAGAGCAGCAAGAAGAGAAGAACAGCGAUGAGGAGAAAAUCAAUAGCGCUGUGAAGAUUGAAUCGAAGAACAAAACGGAGCAGCGAGAAGAGAAGAAGAACGGGGAGGAGAAAAUCAAUAGCGCUGUGAAGAUUGAACCGGAGAACAAAACGGAGCAGCGAGAGGAGAAGAAGAACGGGGAGGAGAAAAUCAAUAGCGCUGUGAAGAUUGAACCGGAGAACAAAACGGAGCAGCGAGAGGAGAAGAAGAACGGGGAGGAGAAAAUCAAUAGCGCUGUGAAGAUUGAACCAGAGAACAAAACAGAUCAACGCGAGGAAAAGAAGAGCAAUGGCGAUGCGGCGGAGGUCCAGCAAGUGGAGAAGGAGGUAGCGAAAACAGAGAACAAAAUAACCGGCGACGGCGAGAAGAAGAAGGAGAACGUCGUUAAUGGCGGUGCCGUUGAAAAACAGGUGGCCGGCGAGACGAAAACAGAGAAGGACGCUGUUGUUAAUGGCGGUGGAAUCGAAGUAGAGCAGGGAGUUAAACCUGCCAAAGAGAAGCAAUUGGCCGGAGAAACGAAGGCAGAGAAGAAGGAAGGCAACAACAAUGGCGUCGCCGUCGUCGUCGUCGUCGAACAAGUAAUCAAACCUGUUGAAGAAAAGAAAUUGGCCGAAGAACCGAAAAUCGGAGAAGGAGAAAAAGAGGCAGUGAAAGUGAAAGAAGCAGCAGAAGCUCAAAGCUCAGGCACUCCCCUUCUUCCCACACAGGAGAAGACUGUGAAAGAUGCCAAUGAAAAUGCAGCUGAUUUGGCAGUGAAGGAAAAGAAAUAGAGCACCAAAAGUGGAAAAGAAACCGAUUGUUGAUGAUGUUGUAAAGAUCAUAAAAUGUUGAUCAUUUUUUUAUUAUGUUAAUAACAACUCCUCUGCCUCCAAAUAUUCACCA